GUCUUCUUUUCAUACCACGAUCUUUGGUGUUACCUGUCAAACAGCGCCCCCUGGUGGCCAAACGGCGCCACAAGGCACUUUGCAUAUCCUGUUUCUCUGACUCAGAUUGUGAAGGCUAUCGGCAGAGCGGACUAGCAGGACCGCGGCGCGUGGAUGCUCGGACUGCGGGACUAAACUAAAUGCGAGGAUAAAUAGGCUGAUAUCCAAUGAUGGACGGGUUUGUGGGGGACAUGCUGAGUGACAGCUCGGUCAUGGCUCGCAUGCAGAAGAAGUUCUGGAAGACCAAGCAGGUCCUCAUCAAAGCUACGGGCAAGAAGGAGGACGAGUACGUGGUGGCUUCGGACGCCGACCUGGACGCCAAGCUUGAGUUUUUCCGCUCGGUUCAGGUGACGUGCACCGAGCUGCUGAAGGUGAUCGAGAAGUACCAGCACCGGAUCACACGCUUGUCUCAGGAGGAGAACGAGCUCGGCCUGUUCCUUCGCUUCCAGGCCGAGCACGACCGCACAAAGGCCGGCAACAUGAUGGACGCCACCAGCAAGGCGCUGUGCACCUCCGCCAAGCAGAGGAUGGCCCUCUGCCCGCCGCUGCACCGCUUGCACCAGGAAGUGGAGACGUUCCGGCGGCGCGCCAUCGCCGACACGCUACUGACGGUCAGCUACAUGGAGAAGGCCCGCACCGAGUACAGGGGGGCUCUGCUCUGGAUGAAGGACAUCUCCCUAGUGUUGGACCCGGACACCUACAAGCAGCUGGAGAAGUUCCGCAAGGUCCAAACCCAGGUCCGGGGGACGAAGAGCCAGUUCGAGAAGCUGAAGAACGACGUGUGUCAGAAGGUGGACAUGCUGGGAGCGAGCCGCUGCAACAUGCUGUCCCACUCGCUCUGCACCUACCAGACCACCCUGCUGCAGUUCUGGGAGAAGACGGCCCUCGCCAUGUCGGGGAUCCAAGAGGCCUUCCGAGGCCACGUCCCGUACCAGUUCACCACACUCAAGGAGCUGCGAGACCCACUGGAGGAAAUGACAGACGCGCAGAAACAAGAGGACAAGAAGAAGGAAGAGAGGCACAGCAACGCAGACCGUCUGGUGUCCUUGGAUGACGACAACGAGCCAUCAGGAAGUGCCCCUGCCUCAGCGUCACAAAACACGAGCGCACCGGCUGCAGAGCUGCAGGACGUCAGAGCGCCGUCAGAGGACCUGAUGCUCAUGUCCCCCUGUGACCUUCCUCGGCUCCCUCCUCCUCCUCAGGCUGGAGACCCACAUGAGCCCUGGGGCUUUGGAGGCCUGUCGCAGCCGCCUGCCUCCGGCGGGGCUCUGCUUACAGGGCUAGGACCGGAGGAGGAGGAGGAUGGCGAGCGGGGCGACAUGGCCUUCCUCAAAGACCUCCUGAGCCCGGGCCCGGGGGCCGGAGACGACUUCAGCAGAGAGUGGCAGGACGCCUUCGGGCUGUUGGACGCUCCCAGCGCUCCUCAGCCGAGCGCGGGGGCGGCAGGUGGCGUGCUGGAGGCCGGCGGCGUGGAGGCAGGCGGCGUGGAGGCGGGCGGCGUGGAGGCAGGCGGCGUGCUGGAGGCGGGCGGCGUGCCGGCGGCAUGUUCUCUCUCGAGCCCCACGGGCUUCCUGCCCUCCCAGCUGCUGGACCUCAGUCUGAGCUCCACAGGCUGGGCAACCCCGCCCAUGUUCCAGGCUCCGCCCCUGCAGCCGCCUCCCGAGCAGGGCCAAUCGGCUCAUCCGACCCCGAGCGCAGCAGCUAACGCUGCUGCAGGCGGAACCAAAGACAUGUCCGCCUGGUUCAACCUGUUCGCAGACCUGGACCCACUCUCCAACCCCGACGCCAUUGGACGCUCCCCAGACGAGCUCCUCAAUGCCUAGAAGUGUGAGUGUGUGUGUGUGUGUGUGUGUAUAUAUGUGACAUUUCUCUCACAGCAUCUGGAUGUCAGAAAGUAAAAGAACACACGUUCACUGUGGAAGACGCACCCAGAGACAUCGAAGCUCACACACACAUGUUACCAGGAGGUGUGUGUGUGCACAUCCACACGUGUGUAUACCUGGUGUGUGUCACACACUGAAGAGGGAGGCGCUCACUGACUGAUAAUCCUCCACGUUGAGCUGCUGACGCUCAGAAAGCCUUGUUGUGGUUUGUUACGUGUCGUCAUCGCAGCAAGCGGAGAGAAUAUUUGGGUCGCAGGUUUAUUUUGUGGGGGGUUCUGUUAAGUUCAUGUUUGGGUUUUUGUUUGUUUGUUUGUUUGCCGUGUGAAAGAGAGUCUAUUGACGGCAUGAUUGUACCAGCAGGAGAGAGGCUUUGGACUCGACGGUAUCUGAAGGAUUGUUGUGUGACGCAGUCGCCGUGUUGCUUCCGGUUCACGACUACAACUUGUGUUCCGCACGCUCAAAUAAAUUCUUCCAUUUUCCGUCGGAAAGGGCCGCCUGACAGCGUGGGAAGUAUUCUAAAUAUUCUAAAUAUAGCGUUCACUGAAACUUCUGGUUUGCGUUGAAGUGGCUGACAUGUAUGUUGGAGCCGCUCCCGCCACCACAAGGUAAACACUAGCCGCACGCAGCUCGCUCAUCCCGUUAGCUCAAACUCACAACGGCUCGGUCAGUGAGGAGGAAUCUUCCCGACACGAUGCUGCCGUGCACAAAAAGGUUCCGGUUAAAGCGGCGAGUCCGAGACAUUUCGUGAUGGUGGUGUCGUUAAGAAGUCCUCGCCCCGCGUGUGAGCUCGCCGUGACGGGGUCACCGAGGUCUGAACAGACGCCUCACAAGCUGUGGAUCCCCAAGACUCCACCGGUUUGAUGAAGAGAGGAUCUUCUUUCACAAUUGCAAGCCGAGAAAGAAAAUCUGUGAAGGUUGAAACGUUUAUUUGUUGUUGUUUUCUGUUGUGUUAUCGAAGUCCUCUAAAUCUGCAACUAGAAGCUGCAUCAAAGUGUUUAUUUUCUGAUUUAUAUAACCGAUUUGUUUGUUGAAAGACUAAAGUAACACUCGUAUAACAAGCGAAAUACUGUAUUUUGUAACUGUGUGUUGUGUGUUUUCAGAAUUCACAGAUGGACUUUUGAAAUCUAUUGUUUUAAGCGAAGAGAAUCAACACUGGAGAACUGUUACCGUGUCUGAGUUCAUGUGUUUGAGGGGAAAUGCUACCAGCUCGUUUUGAAUGUUUCCAAAGUGAACAGCUGCAGACGAUGCAGUCGGGUUUCUAAAGUCAUAUUAUUGUUAUAAAUGUGCCUAAGUUGUUGCACCACAAGCACCGAGACCAAAUCCUCAGUUGUGUGCCUGUAUAGUUGAUUGAAAACUUGAGGGAGUAAAGGGAAUCAGAGUGCAUCAUGGGAGGAAAAAACAACUCUGAAAACCCCUUUUUAUAUAAGCUGCGUAUUAGUAGCUGCUUUUCUGGGGGAAAUAGAGCCCAGUACACAACUGGGAGGCGACUGUACUCUGGAUUUACACACUACAACUAAAGAAUGUAUUCCUCAAGUCGAUCACAAAUGCUUUAUUUCAUUCAACUGCCUUUUUGUUUCCAAUAAACUGGACAAGGAAUCCU